CAUCUCCUAUAAAGUUAUCAUUCAAAAUGGCAGCAGCAGAUAUCCCUGCACUAUUAGCUGAAGCAGAUAGUCAAUUGGCAAUUGAUGCUGGAGCAGCUACUGAUAACAUGGCUAUAGUAGACAGUACUGCUAUGGCUACAUCAGAUGCAAUGACUACUUGGUCGGAAACAGGAAUGAACCUCACUAUAGGGAAUACUGUCACGACUGGUAUUGCAGCAGAGGCUACUGCUUCCAUUGACAUUGCAGCCUUAAAUCCCCCUGAUUUUCCAGCCCGUGCUGCUAGUGUAGUUGGAGAACCUAUAGUAGUCUGGGGGAUUGAGCCUAUAGUUCCUGAAACAGCUGCAACAGCAAUUGAAGGAGAGGUCUCUUCUGUUUUCACAACAUCUAAGAAUGAAAUCCAGGCAGCAGAAUUGCAAGCAAAAUCAACCUGGACUGUUGGGUCUGCUUUUAAAAUGGCAGGAAAAGUUGCUUUAUACACAAUUGGGGCUGCAAUGGCUCUUGAUUGGAUUGGGAAAAAGCUUGUCAGCAUAAUCCAAGUGUCAAUUGAAGCAGCUAAUCCACCUCCUUGGGCUCAAAGCUUGACAGCAGCUCAGAAGAAAGAUCUCAAGGCUGUCACUAGUGCUGUACCCCGGCUCACUAUUCUGAUGCAAGGCUGGCAUGCACAAUGGAGCACAUACAGCAAAAGUUUUUCUAAUUCACUGGGGAAUAUCACUGUUAACGUUGGAGGGAGGACGACAUCAGUUCCAGUAUUGUACAUAAUCUACUAUGCAUUCUCUGAUAUGGAAGGAGCUUUGAACAAUGCAAAGAAUGCAAUUUCAAGUAGCACUGUCAACUUUGUUGACGUGAUGCAAGCAGUUGAUUACAUCUUCAUAUUUCUUGCUGAUGUCUAUUCCCUGUACAACCUCAAAAAGAAAUCGCAGCACCUCCAAGCUCAGGAUUUCCCUGCAGCCAAUGAUAAAGUUGAGAUUGACAAGAUCAUUCUUUCAUUUCCCAAUGGGUUGGCAAGGGUCAAGGCUGUUGGAGUUUCCUAUCUUCGCUUUGUUUCCACAAAUGCCAUAAAAACUUUCUUUCAAGUCCAGAUGAUCCACAACAUAUUCACUGAGAUACAAAACAUCGUCUUGCCACAGAUGAAGGCAGCAGCCAAGCACGCCUAUAUAGCUGCAGCUCAAGCACACAUGAAUAAAGAGAAAUCCGCCAUUCAAGCUUUGGCUUGGGUACCAGGUGCAGGAAUGACUCUUGCUAGACAAAAGCUGGCCAAAGAAAGAGGGAUUGCUGCUCAACUUGGAGCUCAAGCAGCUAAAACAGCUGCUCAAGCAAAGAUGCACGACUUGCUCCCACUGGUUAAGGAAAGUGCUGCAGCUAUCAUGAAAGGUUAUGCUAAAACUGAUCAGCAUCAACUGAAGAUGAUCGUGAACUUGGCCAUACAAGAUGCUACUGGUCAAAUAAAGGCAACAGCUAAAGACAUGAAGAAACCUGCUUAAGCUUCAUGAACAAUCCAAAAUUUAUAAACUGUAAAUAGUUAGUAGAGAGAAAUCAUAAACUGACAGAUGUAGUUUCUUUAAUAAUUAUUUAGUAUUGUUAUGUAGUUCAAGUUUAAAAAGAUGAUGAGAUUAU